AUGGUUGCAAACGAAUCAUAUCAAGCAUCUAAUUCUGAAAUUGAUUCUGUUCGUAAUCGUCAAACAUCAUGUAAAUCGAGUGUACAAUCAGAUUCACUUCCAAGUAUUCCAUGCACUAAUGAAAUAGCUCUUAAACGACAUCUUAAUUUAUGGUCUGGAAUCUGUUUUAUUGUUGGUAUUACUAUUGGUUCAGGUAUAUUUGUUUCGCCUAAAGGCGUUUUAAAAUAUACUGAAUCAGUUGGUUUAUGUUUAAUAAUUUGGGUAGUAAGUGGAUUUGUUGCUCUACUUGGUGCACUUUGUUUUGCAGAAAUUGGUGGAAUAAUACCAAGAAGUGGAGCAGAACUUGCUUAUAUGAAAGAAGGUAUCGGUUCAAUUCAUGAACGAACUGGUGAUAUAUUAGCAUAUCUAUUCAAUUGGACAAAUACAUUUAUUCUCAAACCAACAAGUACAGCUGUUCUUGUAAUGUCUUUUGCUGAAUACUUUUUAUCUGGUAUUAUGGAUGCUUGUGGUCCACCAGAAACACUUGUUAAAAUCACAUCUGUCUUUACCAUUCUCAUGCUUAUGAAUAUCAAUUCCAUUAGUGUAUCUGCAGCUAAUCGAUUAAAUAUUAUCUUUGUAAUUUGUAAAGUAGUUACAAUUUUAACAGUUAUCAUUGUUGGUAUUGUACGAAUUGCACAAGGACAUACAAAAUAUUUACAAAAUGGAUUUGAUGGUACAACAACAAAACCAUUAAGUGUUGCACUUGCUUUUUAUGCUGGUUUAUGGGCAUAUGAUGGAUGGAAUAGUUUAAAUUCAGUGACUGAAGAAUUAAAAAAUCCAAAAAGAAAUUUAUGGUUAUCUAUAGUAUUAGCAUUACCAUCUGUUAUAAUUCUUUAUCUUCUUACAAAUAUUUCAUAUUUUACUGUAAUGAAUAAAGCAUUAUUGCUUAGUUCAAAUACUGUUGCUGUCACAUGGGGUGAACUUGUAUUAGGUCGAAUUGGAGCAAAUAUUCUACCUAUUCUUAUAUCAAUAAGUGCAUUAGGAAGUGCUAAUGGAACAUUAUUUGUAAGUGCACGUUAUUGUAUGGUUGGUGCACGAUAUGGUUAUUUACCAGAAAUUUUUUCAUAUAUUCAAAAAGAUACAUUAACACCAUUGCCUAGUAUUGUUCUUCAAGGAAUUUUAUCGAUUAUAUUUUGUAUUCCAAGUAAUAUUGAUGAACUAAUCGAUGUUUUUAGUUUUUCUGCAUGGAUUUUCUAUGGUUUAACAUUUGUAGCAACACUUUGUUGUAAAUUUACAAUGAAAAAAGCGAAACGAGUGAUUAGUGUUCCAAUACCACUCAUCGUUAUUGUUAUUCUAAUUUCAAUCUAUUUGGUUAUUGCACCUGUUAUUGUUAAUCCAAGCAUUGGAUUUCUUUUAGCUACAUUUCUUAUUCUCUUUGGUAUGGUAUUUUAUUAUCCAUUCGUAUACUAUCAAGUAGAAUUAGACUGCAUGAAAAAACUAACCAAAUUUUUUGAAGUUUUUUUUGAUUUGAAGAUAUCGGCUAUUAACUUAGAUUAA